UCGCUCGACGACAACUUUACCGAACUGACGUGGCAUCCAGUCAUCAUUUUGGUGCCGGUGAGGCUUGGGAUCCAAUGCCUCAACCCAAUUUACAUUCCCACUCUCAAGGCCUUCUUCUCCUUCCCCCAAUGCCUGGGCGUCAUCGGCGGCAAGCCCCACUCCUCCUUCUACUUCGUGGGCUAUCAAGACAACAAAGUGCUGUACAUGGACCCCCACUUUGUUCAGCCGACGGUGAAGAUGGACGACGACCCUCUGUUCCCCAUCGAGUCGUAUCGGAUGGAGAUUCCCCAGGCCAUGUCGUUCGACGACAUCGACCCCUCGCUCGCGCUGGGAUUCCUGUGUUCCUCGCAGGCCGAGUUUGACGACUUUUGCCUCAACGCCGUCGCGAAAACAGUGUACAAAGGCUCUUCAUCAUCCUCCUCCUCUUCAUCUUCCUCGUCUUCCCCCUCUUCCUCGACCUCCUCUCCAUCCACCUCUCGGAGCGGAUCCGACUCCUGCUCCGUCCUCCUGGACGAGGACGACGAGGAGUACGUGCUCGUUUGA